UUAUUUAUCCACAGCAAACCAAAGCCAACACCAGAACUAAUGUAAUUAUGGGAUAAAAGACUGAAUCUAGUACCCUUAAUUGAACAAGAGAUGGAUAGAGAGCGGGCAAGCACCGAUUUCCUUGGGUUCAUUCAAUUUUUCCCUGAUAAUUUUGGGAAGCAACUUCAUGUCGAUCAAGAAUAAGACACGCCAAUCUUGUGUUUCUCAUUUUUCACAGAUCUUGGGUUGUUCUUUUUCCAUUUCUACAAGGGAAUUCGACCGGUUAGCAUAUUGUUGUGUUGAUGAUCGAUGUAUAAUAUAGAGAUUAGGAGUGUCUGGGCGGGUUGAUUUUGCAUUGAGUUGUACGCAGAUGGAAAGGGAGAGGCGUAAUGGCAAUCAUAAUUAUUACAAUUGUACGGUGCACGGUAAUGUAGGCAAUAGAGAUAGAGAUAUAGAGUCUCCGCCGUUCUCUUCGCCUCCUUCUGCUCUUUCUUCCUGCCGUGCUGUUGGUUACAUCGAACACACCGUUUCAAAGCUGGACACUCUCGCCGGGAUUGCCAUCAAGUACGGCGUCGAGGUUGCUGACAUAAAAAGGCUGAAUGGAUUGGUUACAGAUUUUCAAAUGUUUGCUCUCAAGUCUCUCCAGAUUCCAUUACCUGGAAGGCAUCCUCCAUCUCCCUGUUUAUCAAAUGGUUCCAUCACUCCAGGACAGAGCAGUUCUGACCACAUCCCACCCUGGCGUAGACAUGUUGAUUUCUUUGAAUCAUUUCAAUCCCUUGGAGUUAAAUCUCCCCAGCAGAAGGUUUCUCCAGCCAUGAGCUCUUCACAGGGUUACUAUGGACUCAAACCGAGAGAUCAGACAACUAUGCCUGAAUGUCUUGAAAUGGCUGCCUACAAAAAGGGAAAUUCUCAAUAUUUAGAAGAUGGGCCCCUCAGCACCUCUCUGCUUUCCAACCCAUCUUUGAGCCAUCACCAGAAAUCUAAAAGUUUAGUUAAUGCUUUAUUGGAUGAGAAUGGUGAGCUAGCUGCUGUCCUGCCUGUUUCAGAAGCUCGGGAUGGUGACUCUGAUAAAUGUUAUGAGAAACUGCUCAGAAGGCGUCAGAAAUCUGAAGCUGAUUUCACUCAUCACACGCCAGAAAUGUUGUUGGAGAAUAACGGUAAUACUGGUGGGUUUCUGGCAAAAACAGGAAAGGGCUUAGCCUUGAGACCCAAAGCAGCAAGCCGAACUAUGACGAGUGAUUCUGAAACAGGUGGUUUGAACCCAAUACCAAUUGGUCUGGGAGAUUCUAUUGUGUCUGAUAACUUUUCUGUAGUGCAGAAGUCGUCAAGCACAUCAAGUUUGCAGGAUCAGGACUCCAGUAGUUCUACAUCCAUAUGGACUACUACAAGGUGGACUCUGAAACCGGAUUUGCAGACCCUUUCAACUGCUACCAUUGCAAAACCAAUUUUUGAUGGCUUUCCGAAGCCUACACCGGGUCGAAGAAAUAAAGCCGCACUUGACUAGUUAAUUUUAUCCAUCUUAAUUUUUUGUUAUUUUUAUAAUUGAUCAAUUUUUCUCAGGCCAUCCAUUGCCCUUGAUGAGUAUAGAGAGAUAAGGCAAACGGUUGGUAAGGAAAAUGUUAUAUUGGUUUCCUGUUUUCUGAAGAAUAUCUUACAUGUCGUUAAGGAAACGGACAUGAAGGGCAAAGAAAGAGGGAUCAAAGAAGCAGCUGGUAUAUGCGUA